UGAAGCAUCCGGGAACUCGCCAUAGUAGUAGACAUGGCGGGUAUCAACCUGGUUAAAUGACGAAAUAAAUUUUGUUUGCUAAUAUAAGAACGUGUUAAUUUCGUAGAAAAAGUGUUGAUACUAAAAGAUUAAUUAAGUUUCAUUGGAUUAGGACAAAAAUGCAGAAUGUUGGACAGUCUGAAAACCGAAAUAUCGAUAAGGUGAAUGUGCAACUUGAUGUGGUAAAAUCGUCCACUCCUCAGAGUUCGGCUUCGAGUCCAGCCAAAUCUGAAACCGAAACGUAUUCAGGAGCGCCUGCCAAAUACAUGUCCGAUUCUUCGGAAAGCGAGGAUGACUCUGUAUCCGAGAUCUUGCUGGCUUGUUUGUGCCUAAGCAGGCCAGACCUGUUGGCGGAAAUGGAAGAAGAAGGUGGAGCAGAGUCAUCCAAAUUCCUACUCUCGCAUGACGACCCUGAGAGGGCCGUUGACCCCGAAAUGCAGGCAAGGCUCGAAGCACUGUUGGAAGCAGCAGGUAUCGGCAAGCUCUCGGGCGAGGGCAAACACCUAGCCGAUCCGGAGGUGCUUCGGCGCCUUACCUCGUCGGUGUCCAACGCGUUGGACGAAGCGGCCGCAGCGCUCACGCGCAUGCGCAGCGAACAGCCGCCGGCGCACCACAGGCACCAGCAUCAGGAUAAACCAACACAAUGCGGCUCAACGGCGACCGGGACGACGCCAACAGUGGCGUCGUCGGUGGCCGAAGGCGCGCCGUCAUUGGCCGAAGCGUGUUCGGACGGCGACGUCGGGACCGUUCGGAAACUCCUCACCGAAGGCAGAUCUGUUCAUGAGACCACAGAGGAGGGCGAGUCGCUGUUAUCACUGGCCUGUUCCGCUGGUUACUACGAGCUUGCCCAGGUGUUGCUGGCCAUGCAUGCGAGCGUUGAGGACCGUGGUAUCAAGGGCGACUGCACGCCGCUGAUGGAGGCAGCGUCCGCCGGGCACGUGGACAUCGUGCGGCUGCUGCUGGCGCACGGCGCGGACGUGAACGCCGUGUCGGGGUCCGGCAACACGCCGCUCAUGUACGCGUGCGCGGGCGGACACGAGGACUGCGUGCGCGCGCUGCUCGAGAACGGCGCCAAGGUCGAGGACCACAACGAGAACGGACACACGCCGCUCAUGGAGGCGGCGUCGGCCGGCCACGUGGGCGUCGCGAAGAUCCUCCUCGAGCACGGCGCCGGCAUCAACACCCACUCCAACGAGUUCAAGGAGUCCGCACUCACGCUCGCCUGCUACAAGGGGCACCUCGACAUGGUGCGCUUCCUGCUGGCUGCCGGCGCCGACCGCGAACACAAAACUGACGAGAUGCACACAGCGCUCAUGGAGGCCAGCAUGGACGGACACGUGGAGGUGGCCAGGCUGCUGCUGGACUCUGGAGCGCAGGUGAACAUGCCGACGGACAGUUUCGAGUCCCCCCUGACGCUAGCCGCGUGCGGGGGACACGUGGAGCUGGCCAUGCUGCUGCUGGAGAGGGGCGCCAACAUCGAGGAGGUCAACGAUGAGGGCUACACGCCGCUCAUGGAGGCCGCCAGAGAAGGCCACGAAGAAAUGGUAGCGUUACUCCUCGGUCAAGGUGCGUCGAUCAACGCCCAGACCGACGAGACGCAGGAGACCGCUUUGACGCUGGCCUGCUGCGGCGGCUUCCUCGAAGUGGCCGCCUUCCUCAUCAAGGCCGGCGCCGACGUCGAACUGGGCGCCUCCACGCCUCUCAUGGAGGCCUCGCAAGAGGGACAUUUGGAGCUUGUGCGUUACCUGCUGAGCGCGGGCGCGGACGUGCACGCGCAGACGCAGACGGGCGACACGGCGCUGACGUACGCGUGCGAGAACGGCCACACCGACGUGGCCGAGCUGCUGCUGCGCGCCGGCGCGCGGCUGGAGCACGAGAGCGAGGGCGGCCGCACGCCGCUCAUGAAGGCUGCCCGCGCCGGACACGUCUGCACCGUGCAGUUCCUCAGGGGGAAGGGCGCCGACGUAAACCGUAUGACGGCUAACGGCGACCACACGCCCUUGUCCCUGGCCUGUGCGGGCGGCCACGUCGAUGUGGUUAAAUUCCUCCUCGCCUGCGACGCCGACCCCUUCAGGAAACUGAAGGACAACUCCACCACCCUCAUCGAAGCAGCUAAAGGCGGUCACACGGCGGUCGUUCAGCUGCUGUUGGACUACCCUCAUUCGGUUAUGAUGCCUAGAGGUAACAACGGCGGCACGGAAGACGCAAGUGGUCUGAGCUCAGCGCAGGCGGCGGCGCUGGGGCUGGCGCACGCGGCGGCGCCCGGUCAGCCCGGCCGAGCGCUGCUGCCCGCGCACCCCGCCCCCCUCACCCAUCCGCAUCCCGCCCCCCUCACCGCCCCAGCGCCCGCCGCGCCCGCGCCGCCGCCCGCAGCCGCGCCGCCGCAACCCAAGCUGGACUUGUCUGCGAGCUUCAACAAGUAUGAUGGCCGCAAGAAACAGCCCCCCGGCGCCGCAGCCCCGCCCGGCGCACCCGCGCCCGCGCCCGCGCCUUCCCCCGCGCACUCGCCCGCGCCCUCGCCCGCGGGAGACUCCGCCGGAGUCUCGGACUUCAUAUUCGGAGUGGUCGCCGGCAUGGCGGCCGUGGCCAGGCAUUCGCCGAAUAUCAUGGCGCCCAACACCGAGGCUGUACCAACAGCGUCCCCCCCUCUGUGCGGCGUCCCCCCGUCCCCCGCGGUGCAGCAGCCGUCGAGCGGCGUGAAGCACAAGUGUCCCCGCAAGAAACACGCGGCCCACUCCGACCACCACCUGCCGCCCCCACCUGACAUACAACAUGACCAGAUAUGCCACGGAGCCAUGACUAAGUUAACUCUCCCGCCGGGGUUCACGUGGAAGGACAUUAACAAGAAAAAGAGAAAUAAAAAUAAAUACAACAUUGAAAAUGACUUCAAUCGAGUAGAAGCGUUGGCCGCGACCCAGAGAAGUGAUGCACUGCCCGAGGCUGACAACUUGCUUGAAUUGGCCGACCCUUCAGGUCCGCCGACCCUGGCCUCGUCUGCGCUCCACGCCUUGGACCUACAGUUCUGCGCGCAAGGAGUGACGACCAUCCAUCCUCCGACGACACCCCCUUACCCGCCCCCGCAGCAGAUGUUCCCCGUCAACCAACUCGCGACCAACCUCAACCAGAAUCCGCCGGCGCGCAAGACCCGCAAAUGCAGCAAGGUCGGGUGCAAGUUCUUGCUGAUGGAAGCGCUCCAACGACUUGACCAACAUCUAAGAAAAGUGGGUGUCGAUGCCGUGGUCGCCACCUCGAGGGAGUUGGAGCAGCAGCAGCUGCUGGCCGCACAGCAGCAACAGAAGAAGUACCCGCCUCCCCCCACACCCGCCCCCUACAUGACGCAGGCGUGGUCGGAGAGUGCGGGCGGGAACGCGGGGGGCGUGGAGGCGCGGGAGCUGAGUGCGGUGUUGGCGUAUCUACAGCGCGAGGUGCCCUCUCUCGUAGCAUUGCCGCCCAACGAGCUGCGCUGUUUGGUGCUGCAGGUGAUGCAGCAGAAGUCGCACGAGAUACUGACAGCGUCGUGCGGGUCGGAGGUCGUCGCACAGAGUUCAGAGAGCGAGGAGAGACAGGCGCGGCGACUGCUGGCCGCCGCCGAGGAGGCGCUCACCAGGCAGGAGCACCACCAUCACCACCACCACGAUCUGCAGCAGGUGGGCACCAACUGCCAGUACCGCGUGCGGGCGGCGUCGCCGGGCGCGGCCGAUGUGGCACUCGAAGAAGAACAGCCCGCGUUACAACCGCACUUCACUCUACCGCCCCCCACACUGCCUUAUGAGGACUAUAGAGCGGGCACAUUUGCGGGCGCGCCGCCGCUGCCGCAGCCGGGUGUCCCCGCCCCCGCCCCGGCCCCCGCACCCGCACCCACACCCGCCCCCGCCCCCGCCCCGGCGCCCGCGCCCGCCCCCGCGCCCCACUACAAGCGGGAGCAGCGUGAGCCGCAACACCACCACAACAACACCCCCUCCGCCAAAAAGAAGGUUCGCAAUGUGCGGUUCUCGGAGCGGACGGCGAGCGCGGCGGCGGGCGGCGGCGCGGACAACGGCGCGCCCGCGGCGCCCGCGCCCGCCGCGUACUCCGCCAUGGACGUGGACGGCGAGACCGACUCCAACCACGACACCGCGCUCACGCUGGCCUGCGCCGGCGGACACGACGACCUGGUGGAGCUGCUGCUGUCGCGCGGCGCCGACAUCGAGCAUCGGGACAAGAAGGGCUUCACACCUCUAAUCCUGGCCGCGACGGCGGGCCACGAGAAGAUAGUGGAGAUCCUUCUGAACCACGGCGCGGACAUCGAAGCCCAGUCCGAACGGACCAAGGACACGCCGCUGUCGCUCGCCUGCAGCGGCGGCAGAUACGAGGUGGUGGAGCUGAUCCUCAGCCGCGGGGCCAACAAGGAGCACAGAAAUGUGUCCGACUACACGCCUUUAUCCUUGGCAGCUUCCGGAGGCUACGUCAAUAUCAUCAGGCUGUUAUUACACCAUCAGGCUGAAAUCAACUCCCGCACCGGUUCCAAACUGGGCAUAUCCCCCCUCAUGCUGGCGGCCAUGAACGGGCACACGGCGGCCGUGCGGCUGCUGCUGGACUGCGGCUCCGACAUCAACGCUCAGAUCGAGACCAAUCGCAACACUGCCCUUACGCUCGCCUGCUUCCAAGGUCGCCAUGAAGUGGUGAGUCUCUUACUGGACCGCAAGGCGAAUGUAGAGCACCGAGCGAAAACCGGACUCACACCCCUCAUGGAGGCGGCCAGCGGGGGGUACGUGGAGGUGGGGAGGGUGCUGCUGGACAAGGGGGCGGACGUCAACGCCCCCCCCGUGCCCUCCUCUCGAGACACCGCCUUAACUAUAGCUGCCGAUAAGGGACAUACGAAGUUUGUGGAGCUAUUGCUUAGCAGACGGGCGGCAGUAGAGGUGAAGAAUAAGAAAGGAAACUCCCCACUAUGGCUGGCAGCCAACGGCGGCCAUCUUGCCGUCGUUGAAAUGUUAUACGCCGCCGGGGCCGACAUCGACUCGCAGGACAAUAGAAAAGUUUCAUGCCUGAUGGCCGCCUUCCGGAAAGGCCACACCAAAGUGGUCAAAUGGAUGGUCGGUGUCGUCACGCAGUUCCCCUCAGACCAGGAAAUGACGAGGUACAUCUGCACGAUCUCCGACAAGGAGUUGCUGGAGAAAUGCCAAGAGUGCGUUCACGUGAUCCGUGCUGCUAAAGAGACGCAAGCGGCUCGGGCCAACCAAAACGCGACCAUAUUGCUGGAGGAGCUGGACGCUGAGAGAUGUCGCGAGGAGAGUCGAAGGCAAGCGGCUGCCCGCCGCCGGGAGAGGAAGAAGAAGAAGAAGAUGGAGAAGAAGGAGGAGAGACGCAAACUCCAGGCGGAAAACGACAAGAACACGUUAUACAGCGAGAACGAGAAAGCGCUGGAGUCCGAGUCUGGCGAGCCCGACGACGAGCCCCAGGCUAAGGAAGAAGGGGACUCCGGCAUCGACGCCAACUCACAGGGCUCCUGUUCCUCCUCCGACGUGAAAGCGCCCCCCGCCCCAAGUGUUAAGAAUAAGAAGAAAAAGAAAGAAGAGAAGACACCGCCCCCCGCGCCCGCGCAACCUGCCAAGAAACAACCAGAUAAGAAUAAACAAAAAGCGGAGACUAAACCGGAAAAGGAAAGCAAGCCGGACAAGAAACAAGAGAAGGAGAACGUGGCCCCCGCCUCGCCGCCCGCCGCGGGCCUCGCCGCCGACCGCCGCGGCGACAAGAAACAUGACAAAAAACCCGAAGAGGAUAGUCCUAAGAGCAUAACUGUACAGUUGUACAAAUAUGGCAAUAACUCUAGAAAGAGCCAAGUGUUCGAAUCCACUCGAUACAAUGUGGAUAAAGACGAGGUUGACUCGAACGACAAAAGUAAAAAGUCUCACAGCUACCCAUGGGAGAUCGAAGGCAAAAGCACAUCUCCCAAAGGCGUCUGCAUCGGCGCGAGAAGGGAAGAAGGAUGGAAGGAAGUAGUGCGCAAGUCCAGCGUGCAGACCGUCUCUACCGUAGAACCUGGAUGCAAGAAAGUAUCGGUCGCUUCUCACGCCAUCUCCCGCGUGAUCGGCCGCGCGGGCAGCAACAUCAACGCCAUUCGGUCCGCGACCGGCGCUCACAUUGAAGUGGACAAGCAGAGCAAGGGACAAGGCGAGCGGAUCAUCACCAUCAAGGGCUCAGCGGAAGCGACGAAGCAAGCCGGAGCCCUGAUCGCGGCCAUGAUCCGGGACCCCGAGGCGGACAUCGCGGCGCUGUUGCCGCGCGCGACGCCCGCCAAGCCGCCGCCGGCGCCGGCGCCGCAGCCCAAACCCGCCAAGCAGCCGCCCGCCAAGCAGCAGCCGACGCCGACGACAGCGCCAACAAGCGCCCCGCGCACGCCCACCGCGGCCCGCGCGCCCGCCAAGCACGCGCCCGCUGCGCCCGCCGCGCCCGCCGCCAGGCACGCCCGCCAAGCGCAUGCAGAAAAACGCACGCCGACAUCUCAACCCCCGGCAUCGGGCGUCGCAGGCGCUACUCCAGUGAAAACUGCACUAUCGUACACCGGCGCCGUGGGCGGGAGAUCACAUACGUUUGCUGCCAAAUUGGGAGCCGCUUCCACACCGCAAAGCCAGACCACACCUGAGAAACCUCGCAGCACUAUCUCUGCUAUGCUGAGCGGCAGUGUGGCCAGCAGCGUGAGCACUGCGUCGCUGACCAGCCAAGUGUCGGCCAUGAAGCUGAGCGAUAAUGUCGCGCAUGCGCCCGACGACGACAGAACGCAGCAGCUAAGCCCGGACAAUACGAAUACCUGGAACGCCAACGAAGAAAGCUCGGCUAAUCCGUCUGCUGCGUUGCACAUCAAUACUACGCCACAGACGUCGUCGCACAGCGCGAGCGGGACACAAGAGUACUCGCUGUUCAAGGAUCUGUCGGCCGGCGUCGGCAUGUGGGGCGCCGCGGGGCCCGCGCCCGAACACCACAACGUGGACGUUGUCCCGCCACAGCAGGUGGACGUGAGCAAAGCCCCGGGAUACCGCGGCACCCCGGCGGGCGGCGGCUGCUCCCCGUGCUCGAGAACCUCCUCGCACGGCUCCACGCCGCCGCCGCUGCCCAUGCUGCAGCCCGGCUACCACCAGCCGCUGCAGGCAGGUAAUAACGUUAACACAAUGGAUAUGAGUGGACUAUCCCGGAAUGGACCUAUCUACCAAGACAAUUCUAGAAACGGACAUAACAUGAUGGUGACAAUGAGCGGCGUGAACAUGAACAACGCAGCGAUGGGGCUGGGCUACGUGGGCGUGGAGGGGGUGUCGCGCCUCAACCCGCGGGCGCCAGACUUCAACCAGCGACACCCGCUGCUGCACAAGCACAAUGCUCAGUGUCCGCAGCAAUUGUUCACGGGCGCAAGCAACGCCGCAAACUUGAGCAACCUACUGAUGUCGACCUCUUACCAACAGCCCGCGCCCAAGCAGCAAAUGUCGCAACAAGCGCACUAUCAGUCCCUACUAGAGCGCGGCGUGGGCGUGGGCGUAGGCGUGGGCAUGAACGUGGGCGUGGGCGUGGGCGUGGGCGGGGGCUGGGCGGAGGAGGAGGAGCGCAAGCCGCGGCCGAUCGGCACGGAGCGCGCGUGGAAGCUGACGGCCGCCGACGACUGGCCGCACGCGCCGCCGCCGCCGCCGCUGCACGCCGACCACGACCGCUACCAGCAAACAGUAGGCGGGAUGAGCUCAAUGGGCGGACGCCUAGAGAACUACGGGUCGGGGCUGUCGCUGCUGCACGCGCUGCCGCUGCAGUACGUUACUGUGCCCGCGUCCUCCGCGUCCGCCGACCACCAUCCCGACCACCACAAGCAGAAUUGGAGCAAGUGGAGUCACUAGCGUGGCCACCCGACACUGCCUUAGUUCGCGCACACGUUCCGAGUCACUCGCCCCGCUGUCCGGCGAGGAUAUAUAUAACUCUAACCCUUGGAAACGGUGUAGAUAUUAGUGAGAAAGAUUAUAUUAUACAGAUUAUCUAUAUACAUAUUAGAGAAAAUGUCCUAUCGAGAAGAACUACUUAUACUGUACGAUCGACUGAGUGAAGGAUUAAACGAUUCAUUAUAAUGAAACUCGUGAGGGGAGUCGGUGUAGUUUUAUUUGUUAACUGCCGCUCGCAGCCGUUAGACUUUAUAAUUAUGUUAGUCGGCCGUUUGUGUAGAUAUACGAUAUACGUGUAAUGUAGGUAGCUUGGAAUCUGAUUCCUCAGCCGCCGUGUUUGCGUUGCCUUCGCGGACCCCGCCGCCGUUAUUAUACAUAUUUUACACUAUAUUAUGGCAUAAUACGAUAUUAAUUUCUAUGAUUGAUAUGCUCGCAAAUGAGACGGAAUUAUAAAACGUGUAAUAAAUUUGCUUGUACAUGAAGAUUAAAUAUCAUAUAUUGAUGCACUGUAUCCGCUGGUGUUUUUAAUAAUACCACCUGUUUUCAAAUCUUUUUUAUAGGUUUAUUUGGGUAAUGUGUAUAUUUAUAAGUAAAUUAUUAUUGAGGACGUUGUCUCGAAUAUUAAAGCAGGAUAUGCGGUAAGUUCUAGGCAAAUAAACCGUUGUCACAGUA